CGAUGUCAAACAUUUAAAAACACCCAGACGCAGAAGGUACAAGCUGUGCUUGCAGAAGGUACAGGCUGUGCUCCGUGGGACCAUGGCCACUCGUCUGUUUGAGGAUAGGGCUCACGCUGCUUUUUAUCAGAAAUACAGGUUUUCCCCACAGGAGAACCUACAGGGCGUGAUCUUCUCAUACCUGGAAGAAAAGAGAGUGAGCCCCGGGCAGCUGGCAGUGGACGUGGGUUGUGGCUCAGGCCAAAGCGCUCGGAUGCUGGCAAAACAUUUUGAGAAGGUGGUCGGGACAGACAUCAGUGAAGCUCAGAUCGAGCAGGCCAGGAGAGCUCCACACCCGCCCAAUGUAUCUUAUCUGGUGUGCCCUGCCGAAGAGCUCCCUUUCGAAGACGGCUCUGUGGACCUGGUCACGGCGUUUGCGGCUGCCCACUGGUUUGACGGGCCUCGCUUUCUGAGGGAAGUGGAACGAGUUCUCAAGCCGUCAGGCUGUGUGGUCUUCAGCUCCUACAACUUGGACAUGCGGUUGUGUUACAAAGAUUGUUCAGAUGAGCUAACGGAGAUCUUCAGAGAGAUCCAAGCCCAGCUUUUCAGCUUUAAAAAUGAAAAGAUCAAAUUAGUUGAGAAUAAUUACCAAGAAAUCUUUGAUUCUUUGCCAUUUCAGGAGAAAAAGAGGAUGACGGAUAUUUUCGAUAAGAUUCCCCUGAGUGUUGCUGAAAUAAUAGGAUUUAUCCAGUCACUCACAUCGUACCGACGUCAUCUGAAAAUCCAGCCUGAAGAGGCGAAAUCACUUCUCCAAAACACAGAGCGAAGGUGACAAAAUCUGUUCGCUGGAGUUUCUGGAGACAAUGGGCGUUUCUUCUCGGGAUACCCAGCUGGAGUUGCGCACGAAGCACGUUUGCAUCUUGGGCUGCAAGAGCUCCUGAGAAGAAUGUCAAUCUAAAUGCACAGGGCAGGGCACAUGCGUAGGAAAGCCAGAUUUGGACCCCAGCUCUAUCAGUCGCAGCAGGUGUGAUUCCAGCCAUCCAUUAAUUUCAAGGAGAGUGGGGAACUAGAUGCUAUCAAAGGGCCAGGAGCUUUCUGAAGCCAUUACUUCCUUGCAGCAGUGGCUAGUCUGUCUCCUUGGACCUUGUUCCAAAAGCUCUCUGCAAACGAUCCGUUUAGCCCACUGAUAGGAGCUGGCAAGCUGUUGGGUGGGGAGGAAGAGAAAAGGGCGUCAGCCCACGUGUUGAAACAGAAAAUAAGAGAGCUGGAGGAAUCAUAUCCUCACCGGGAGCUUUACCAUUCUUGAGUGUUUUAAUUAGCUGUAAACAUUCUAAUUCGGUAACAGGAUCCCAGCCCAUUAACAGAUCGGUUUUAAGAGGAGGAAACUGGCUCGGCUUAACACUGUUUGGAGCUGUAUAGAGCUGGGGAAAAUGUUGGUACCAUAAGUUAGAUGAGGUACUGUUGGUUACAAUUUUCCCUUUGGGUGAAACUCCCUGAGCAAUUAUUUCCCAGAAUUUUUUGUCGUCCCGCAAUUUAAUCACUUUGUCAAGUGCCUCCCAUUGUUCCUUCCUGUAGAGGAAUUUCUUAAGUUUUAGAGUAUUUUAUAAUGAGAACGCCACCUGUGAAGGUUUACCAUGGAGGUCAGAGUCCCUUCCUGUUUUACCUUAUUUUGUAGUUGCCUAGCCCAGGAUGUUCGAAAUGAUGGCUAUCACCUUCCUUUACACAAAUCCCUUCCUGCCGCAGCCGAUGCGUCAACCCCCCCCCCUUUUCCAGGAAGAGAGAUUAUCGACUUCGAGACACCCUCGCCAAUUAUGCUUCAAUAAACUGCCAACAUAAAGAAUAAAUUGUUUAUUACUAUUUUUACUAAGGUUUUCCUCCCAUGUACUCUUCUGAGCUGAGAUUUCGUUUACUUUGAUACCUUGUUGCAAGCUGUCAAAAUGUUCCUUCGAAGUGUCAGCGUAAACGUACCAUUGCUGUCAGAAUGUAGCCACUCUUUUCCCCCUUACCCGUUACAAUAUUUAUGUAACCCUUCCCUAGAACAGAACUUGAAAUGUAACCCCUUGAUACCUUUUAUUCAAUAUUGUAUCUAUUUGAUGAAGCAUUGCUGCAGACUUGAAAUAUUGUACGUAGCCCUGUAUAUUCAGUGGUUCCCAACAGGUGGUCCGGGGACCCCAGGGGUCCGCGAGCUAUGCCAGAGGGGUCCGCAAGAUGCUAUUAGAAUAAAAAAUAUAUUAAAUAUAUUUCGUAUGAUAACAGAUUUUUUGUUUUGUCCACUUCCUGCAUGAGCAGAGUCUAGCGCAAAACUAGAAUUAAAUAGAGGCAGUAGUUCUGCUGUAUGCCAUUAGGUGGCGCUUUACAAACACUACUGUUUUGCAAAGAGGCAGCGCACGCAUUCUACUAACGCUCACCUCCCCAAGAUGCUUUGCGUGCGUCGGCUUCAUUUGUGCGCUACUGCACAGGUACCCUGUCUUCUCCAUUCCCCUCCCUCCUCCCUGGCGCGCGCUGCCUCUUUGCAAAACAGUAGUGUUUGUAAACAAAGCGUUGUUUUUCGCGGAAGCUACAGUUCGCGUAGUUAAAAAUGGACCGUUGGUUAAAAAGUGGUUCAUCUCAUUAAGAACUGAAAAUUAAAACUAACUGAUGGAGUACUCUGUUGUAACUGUAAAAAAACGUAUAAAUAUAAAAUAUAAAUAUAAAAUAUAAAAAGACUCUUAAUUUGGCUCUCACUUUUUAAUUUUAGGAUUAGGAAUUAAUGGGGGUCCUUGCAACAAUAGCGGCUCGAUGAGGGGUCCUCGAGAAAAUUUUGUUGGGAACCCCUGUUCUAUGGACUUCUUUCAUGUACCUUUCCCGCCUCGACAUCCCCUAAACCACACUGCCAUCUAGCUGGUCGCGAACAAAUGACACUAAUACACAAGUUCAAGGAAGAAAAACAACUUUAUUUAGAAUUCGAUAUCACCGACGUCUUCCGCACCUCUGCCCAAGUCGCCCUGAAACAAUAAAGGAAAUAUACGUAUGCAUCAACUGGACUAUCACCGAGAAUUAUCACCUUUUGUUUUUCCCCAUCAAGGACUGUCAAUCUUUUGUACAUGCCUGAUUACCUUUUUCCCCACCCGCUUCCCGCCUUUUCCUCCGCAACUGUGUAACAUGGGGAACCGUUCUUAUAAAAGUCCAAUGCUCCUUUUGUUCUGGGUUAUUCACUCCAUCUUGCUGUGUGAGGGGGAACCGCUGUUGCAACAGCUUUUUAUUUCUUUGUUUCUUUGUUCGUGAAUAAACUUUGCCUUGCUUUUGACA